CAGUAAUGAUGUUUACAUGAGAAUACAGGAUAAAAAAUAUUAUUACAGUUAUUUAUUGACUCAACACAGCUGUUCAUGUUUAUGUAAAAAAUUGACUUUGAAAAUUUCAUUUUUUAAUAUUUAAUAGGUUGUUUAAUCAUAAAUGUUAUUAAGUCAGAAAAUUUUUAUUAUUUUACCUUCUUCGGGUUAGAUGUUGACAUGAAUAUAUCAGUCAUGCCAGAGGGAUUCAGAUUCCAUGAUCAAAUGUUUGGUUAUGUUAAUGACCUAUUUCUAUUUUUGCACAUAAUUCGGAUAAGUAGUAGUUUAUUAUAAAUUUUCUUAGAUUCUCAAAGUUUCGAAUUUGCCGCUCACGUUUCUUUGAAGAGCCAGACCAGCUGCAUCAACACUUUGUGUAUAUUCUACCGACAAAACAAUACGUUGGCUUAACUAUUCAUUUUUUAUAUCGAAAAUAGAUUACAUUGAUAACUGAAUUCUUUUAUUUUUGUAUAAUGAAUAUAAAUUCAAAUUGUUGACAAAUUUAUGUAAAUUGAAUAAUGGAUAAAUCAUCAGAAAUGAUAAGUGAAGGAACUAUCGUAGAAGUUAACCAACAAGAAGAUGAAGGAAACAUACAAUCAAAAUUAUCAUUUGAAGAUGCUAUUUUAUCACGAUUAGUUUAUUCAUCAGCAGUAUUUAAAAGUCAACAAAAAGAUGAACCUGAACUGUCAAUAGAAGAGAAGAAAAAAAUUGCAUCUAACCUCCUAAAUAAAAGUCAUGCUCAAUUUCUCUCUCGUUUUGGCAAAUAUUUAAAUAAUAAUUUACUAGAGUACUUUUCUAUCAUUGAUAAAAAUGAUUAUGAAGUAAUUCAUCAUGUAAAUAAAUUGAAAAGGUAUUUCAACAAUGACAGAAGAGAAAUGGAUACGAAAAAUAGGAGAUAUGAAGCUUUGAAAACAUUGAUAGAAAAAGGAGAAUAUUUUAGUGAAACUGCAAUGAUGAAUAGAAAUCCAUUGCUGUAUGAUAAUCUCAUAGGAAAAUAUCUUACUGAAGCCGAGAAAAAAGCUAGAGAUAGUGUCAAUGAAAAAGACAAUACGCUGGUCAAUAGGUUGAUGAAAGGAAUUGAUAAAGACGAAGCUGACGAAUUAAAAAAACGACAAGAAGAUGCUGAAAAUGAUGUUUUAGAGGAAACUGAUUCUGAUUCAGAGACUGAAGAAGAUGCUGACACUGAUGAAACUGAUACACAAUCAUUAAAGCAUAAGACAAAUAAAAAUGUACUACCUCAGGAAAAUAAAAAUAUAGGUAACAAACCUUCAUCAUCAUGGGGUAACAUUCCAGAACCUGAUAAAGAAAUUGAUGAGAAUGAAUCUACAACAAGUAAAGCACUUACAAGGGAAUAUAUUUCUUCAAAGGAGCAGAAAAUUCUCAGAGAAGAAUUUAUAUCUCACAUGUAUCAGACUUUUCUAGAUGGCAAAGAUUCUGAAUUUGAUUACAGUACUGUUGACGAUAAUGAAGCAUAUGAUAAUCUUGACAUAAAAACCCAUGAUGAAGAGGAAAAAUAUUUUGAUUCUGAAUCUCCAGAAUGGGUUGCUUCACCUAAAACUCAGGAUAAGAUACAGGAUGAUGAAUCUGAGGAUGAGUUGGAUAAAUAUAUGAACUCACUCAAGCCGAUUACAUCUGUGAUGACUGGCUUGGAGGAGCAAGAAAAACUAUUGGAAGAUGCAAUUGGAGUCGUUAAAGUCCAGGCACUGCAGAUGAAGUUUUGCUUAGACAAUGCCAAACUUAUGGAUGCCUUGAAACAUGCUUCAACUAUGCUUGGAGAACUGAGAACCUCUCUUUUAAGUCCGAAAAGCUAUUACGAAUUGUAUAUGGCCAUCACUGAUGAACUUCGACAUUUAGAAUUAUAUUUAUUAGACCAAUAUCAAAAGGGAAAAAAAGUAACAGAUUUGUACGAACUCGUCCAAUAUGCCGGGAAUAUUGUUCCUCGUCUAUAUCUACUUAUUACAGUUGGAUUAGUAUAUAUAAAAACCAAUCCGUGCCUCAAAAGAGAUUUAUUGCGAGAUUUAGUUGAAAUGUGCCGUGGAGUACAGCAUCCAUUAAGGGGUUUAUUUCUACGUAAUUAUUUGCUACAAUGUACGCGAAAUAUAUUGCCUGAUGUAAUAGAAGGAGAUGAUGAAGAAGGAACUGUUCGUGAUAGUAUAGAUUUUGUACUCAUGAAUUUUGCUGAAAUGAACAAAUUAUGGGUUCGUAUGCAGCAUCAAGGUCACAGUAGAGAUAAAGAACGAAGAGAACGUGAACGAGAAGAAUUAAAAAUUCUAGUGGGUACAAAUCUUGUAAGAUUGAGCCAAUUGGAGUCUGUGACUCUAGAAAUUUAUAAAAAAUUAGUGUUACCGGGAAUUUUGGAACAAGUUGUAAGCUGUAGAGAUGCAAUUGCUCAAGAAUACUUGAUGGAAUGUAUCAUUCAAGUAUUUCCAGAUGAAUUUCAUUUGCAAACUCUAAAUCCUUUUUUAAAAUCAUGUGCUGAAUUACACAGUGGAGUAAAUGUUAAAAAUAUAAUAAUAUCAUUGAUUGAUCGUCUGGCGUCGUUUAGUCAACGAUCGGAUGGAGUAGGUGGCCCCGGAAGUCCUGGUCAAGCUCUAGGAAUUCCACAAGAUGUACAAUUGUUUGAUGUUUUUAGUGAUCAAGUUGCAACAAUUAUCCAGACCAGACAAGAUAUGCCACCUGAAGAUAUCGUUUCACUCCAAGUAGCGUUAAUUAAUCUGGCUCACAAAUGUUAUCCCGAUCGUGUGGAUUAUGUUGAUAAAGUUUUAAACACAACUGUUCAGAUAUUCCAAAAAUUAAAUAUAGAAAAUUUGGAGUAUAACAGUGCUGUAUCGAGAGAGCUCUCCAGACUGAUGAAGAUACCUGUUGAUAAUUACAAAAAUAUCUUAACCGUCUUAAAAUUAGAGAAUUAUGCACCACUUUUGGAGUAUUUUGAUUAUGAAGGAAGAAAGUCAUUAGCUAUUUAUAUUAUUUCAAAUAUAUUAGAUAAUGAAACGUUAAUUCCUACCCAAGAACAAGUUGAUAUUGUUUUAUCAAUGGUAUCACCCUUGGUCCAAGAUCAACCGGAUCAACCAAAUAUUGAAGAAGAUCCGGAAGAUUUUGCAGAAGAGCAGGGAUAUCUUGGACGAUUGAUUCAUCAUUUCAAAUCAGAAACUGCCGAUCAACAGUAUAUGAUUUUGAGUGCUGCUCGAAAACAUUUCAGUGCUGGUGGUAACAAGCGAAUAAAAUACACUCUUCCUGCAAUCGUUUUUCAAGCAUAUCAACUUGCUUUUACUUAUAAAGCAAUAAAAGAUCAGGACGAUAUGUGGCAGAAAAAAUGUCAAAAAAUAUUCCAAUUUUGUCAUGCCACAAUAACAGCUUUAAUGAAGGCAGAGUUUGCAGAAUUACCACUCAGAUUAUUCCUUCAAGGUGCUUUGGCCAUUGGAGAAAUUCGAUUUGAAAAUUUCGAAAUGGUAGCUUAUGAAUUCAUGAGCCAAGGAUUUUCAAUAUAUGAAGAUGAAAUCAGUGAUUCUAAAGCUCAGUUAGCAGCGAUCACUUUAAUUAUUGCAACUUUUGAACAAAUGAGCUGCUUUAAUGAAGAAAAUGCAGAACCAGUAAGAAAUCAGUGUGCUCUUUAUGCAAGUAAACUAUUACGAAAACCAGAUCAAUGUAGAGGUGUGGCAACAUGUUCACACAUAUUUUGGUCCGGAAAAUCUUUGGCAACAGGAGGAAAAGAGAUGCAAGAUGGAAAUAAAGUAUUAGAUUGUCUCAAAAAAGGAAUUCGAAUUGCAAAUCAAUGUAUGGACACGUCAGUACAAGUCCAACUUUAUGUUGAAUUACUUAAUCAUUACAUCUAUUUUUAUGAAAAAGGAAAUACAUCGGUCACGGUACAAAUAUUGAACCAAGUGAUUGCAAAAAUAAAAGAAGAACUCCCUAACUUAGGAAUAAGUGAAGAAACCGAACAAAUUCAAAAGCAUUUAGCAAACACUUUAGAACAUUUAAGAAAUAGAAUGAAACUUUCUGAUUCCGAAGGACAACCCUACCAUGGUCUUGUUUUAUAAUUUUCAAAUUUUCUGAAAUUGAUUUGUUGUACGAAUUUUGUUACGUUUUGGAGCCAAUCUGGCUGGUACAGUAGUUUUUUCAACGAGACUUUUUUCUUUAUUACAUCGCCUUGGUGCUACCAUUAACGCCUACAACAACCUCGGGCUCAAGCCACGGAUGUCGCGCUUUAGGCUCAAAAUUCUAUUGCUAAUAUUCUUAGAAAGCUUAUUCUGAAGAACAACUCUACCAUGAUCUUGUUUUGAAAUUUUAAAAUUUUCUGAAAUGAAUUUGUAAAUAUGCUGUAACAAAUUGGAGUGGAGCAUCAUGUUUGUAAAAAUUUCUUCAAAUUUUUUGGUAAAAAAUUCAUUAAAUUGGUGACUAAUUGUUGGAUAUUUUAUAAUGAUUCGAUCAUUAAUAUCUUGCACUAAUACAAUUAGUAUUUAAAACUAAUCUAAUAAAUCAUCUACCAUUUUACAUUGUCGUUUUUAUGAUUCUGAAUCAGAUUUUGAUAAAAAAGUUAUUAUAUACUGUAUAGGAAUUAAAAGUGAGAGGCAGCUUAGAGUAACAGCAUCUUUUUGGAAGUUUUUUUAAUAGUAGGGAUUAAUUCCUGCUUAUUUUUAUUAAUGAGGAAUAAUUAUUUUAAAAUUAAUAUGGUAACAUUGGCUGUUUAAUUUACGUUAUUCAAAGCUGUUUUCCCUUCUGCAUUAGUUUUUUAAUGCCCCGAAAAGUAUUGGUAUUAUAGAAAUUUUAAUGUAUAAACUUUUAUCUGUAUAUUUGUUAAAAUAAAAUAC